UUAGCGUGGGAUUCGGAGUGGAGUCUCGAGUCCGAAACUGCGACACGCGCAGGCAAAUGGAAAACACAAGUCGCCUCCUCCGCCGUUGAUGAUGGGAAGCAAUCAUCCCGAGCACGGGACCAAGCCGAGAUCCACCAAACACCACAAGCAACAGAACCACCGAGUGGUGCGCAAGCAGCCGCCGCGCCCCGCAGUCAGCGACCGCCACAACAUCUACAUCACCAGCAAGACAGACUUGAAGGCCCAGCAGCGCCGCUGCGAGGAGCUGAUCAACUCCGGGGUCCACGAGAUCUUUCUGCAUUGCAUGGGCUUCUCCGUCACCCGCGGCCUCAAUAUCGCCCUGCGCCUCGUCCAGAAUUCUGAAGGCGCCCUCAGCUACGCCAUCAACACCUCCACCGUUCAACUGGUGGACGAACUGCACCCUCUGUGCGAUGCCGAGGACAUAACCUUCCGCCAGCGCAACAACUCGGCCCUGCACAUCAAGAUCUCCAAUAACAGUCUCUUCGACAUCGUCGUGCCGCAACCGUCGCAGUCCCAGACGCAAGCCCAGUCCCUGGGCCAGUUCCGAGGCAAGGCGAAGGCCAGGCAGUAGCAUG